AUGUCCACAAAUGAACGGCUUCCAGCUAGAGUUUCUUCUGAGGCGGAGCGUGCCCACUCUGAGAAGCAGGAUGAGUCAACUGGUGUGAUGGAAGACACUACUCUAGUCGACAAUCGGGCCAUUUUCGAGCGCAAAGCUGCUUUGGUAAAUGUUGAGAUCGACAAGUUUGGUUUUGGCAAAUACCAAUGGUGCAUUUGGAUGUUAUGCGGCUUGGGCUAUUUUGUCGAUUUGGCUUGGGCCCAGGGUGUGGGCUUGAUGGCCACGGCAGUGUUCCAGGAGAUGGGGGUCCCAGCUGACAAGCAGGGCCUGAUCUAUACUUGUUCCAACGCCGGUCUUGCUAUUGGUGCCUUCGGAUUUGGUGUAAUCACCGACAUCAUCGGACGCAAAUGGGCUUUUCAAAUUACAUGUUUGAUAACCUCAGUAUUUGGCAUGUUGCUGGCCGCAUGCAAAUUCAACUACGGUGCAAUCUGUGGGGUUUACUUCUUGUCUUCAAUUGGGCUAGGGGGAAAUGUCCCCAUUGACGCGACUAUUGCCCUCGAGUUUUUGCCGCAGAAUCGUCGCUAUCUAGUAGCUCUGCUGGGAAUGUGGCAGCCAAUUGGAGUGGUCGUUGCAUCGGCCAUUGCAUAUGCUACAGCGGCAAGGUAUCGGUGUGAUGUAAAUCUGCCGUCUUGUUCAGCUGUCAAGUCUGGUGAGGCAUGCUGUACCGUCUCCAGCAACAUGGGCUGGAGAUACAUGGUAAUCAUCAUUGGUGCCAUGACACUUACAAUUUUCUGCACUCGGUACCUCAUCUUCAGGUUUCAUGAGUCCCCCAAGUUCCUUCUCAGUAAGGGUCGUGAGCAAGAUGCAAUCGAUGUUCUGCACAAAAUCGCCAAAUUCAAUGGUGCUGAGCCGCCCACAUUGACUAUUGAAGAUUUUCGUCGAGUUGACCGAGCAGCUAGCGUGAAUACAACGGAGCACGUUACCGAACCAAGCGGGAAAGGCUUUGUUGUUGGUAUGUUCAAAAGUCUGAGUUUCCUCCAUGGCCUUUUCACGGAUAAGCUUCAAUGCUUCAGUUUCGUCCUUCUCGGAGUCGCGUACAUGGGCAACUACUGGUCUUUUAACCUGGCAGGCUACUUUCUACCAAUUGUCCUCCUGAACAAUAACGUGGAUAGUGGUGCCAACAACGUCACUGAGACAUACCGAGAGUACGUUUAUAUUUAUCUACCAGGUAUAAUUGGUGCCGUUUUUGCCCUGGUCUCCAUACAGAUGCCUCUUUUUGGUAGGAAAUGGUCGCUUGUCAUAUCGGCUGCCCUACAAGGUGUCUCCAUGGCAAUGUACACCCAGGUUGAGAGCACUGCCGGGUACGUGGGUCUCAAUGCCCUUGAGUAUAUUAUGCAAAGUUAUUUCAACGCAGUCCUAUAUUCGGCUUCCCCUGAGAUGUUUGAUACAACUUAUCGUGCUAGUGCUAGUGGUAUGCUGUCUUGUCUCGGUCGGAUCGCUGGUAUUGUGGCUCCGUUUGCUGGUCAGAAGUACAUUGCUGAGGGCCGGGCAGGUGUGCUUUGGCUCGGCGCUGGUGGUAUUUGGGUCUCAGCUCUUCUUAUGUGCUUCCUUCCCAUUGAGAUGAGGAAUAAGCAAAUGUACUGA